CAUUUCCCCCCACCACCUUUUAGGUGCAGGUGGUGGGGAUGGGUGGACGUGAGUCAGUCUGCCCCCAGAGUUUGGGGGAGGUGCAGCGAACGUUCGUAAUUCGAUUUCGUCUCAACAUCGCGGCUACUCUUACGUAAAUAUAUAACAAUGGUCCGAAUGAUGUUCGCGACCAGCUUCGGCCUGAAGGUGAUCUUGGCACUCGGCGUUGUCCUCAUCUUCCUGACCGCCAUCAGCCUCUCCGGAGGACGGGACGUCGUCCACCGGAGGGUACGCAGGGACGCGGGACCGCUGAAGAUCACCCGCAACGGGACGGAUCCUCCGGACACGCUGUGGGCAGAAAGGAGGCGUCACAUUGUCCAGAUGACGAAGCACGCUUGGAACAACUACGUCCGCUACGCCUGGGGCAAGAACGAGCUGAAGCCGAUCUCGAAGCGCGGGCACACGGGCAGCGUAUUCGGUUCCGCUUCCGCAGGGAUGACGAUAGUGGACGGCCUGGACACCCUUUACAUAAUGGGGCUCCACGAGGAGUUCAAGCAGGGAAGGGCCUGGAUCCAGGAGAACCUCAACUUCGACGACCUGGUUGGAGACUACUCGGUAUUUGAGACCAACAUAAGGUACGUCGGCGGCUUGCUGACCUGUUAUUCCUUCACCGGAGACACCAUGUUCAGAGACAAAGCGGAAUACAUCGCCAAGAAAUUACUUCCAGCUUUCCAGACCCCCACUGGAAUCCCGUACGGUCUGAUCAACUUCAAAUCAGGGACAAGCAAAAACUAUGCUUGGGCGAGCGGAGGUGCCAGCAUCCUCUCCGAGUUUGGAACUCUUCAUCUAGAAUUCUCCUAUUUGUCCGAUGUAACUGGAAAUCCCAUCUAUAGGGAGAAGGUAGAAACCAUCCGAAAUGUGGUACAAGGAAUGGAAAAACCGAAAGGGCUCUAUCCUAAUUAUCUUAACCCUAAAACUGGAAAGUGGGGACAGCAUCACAUGUCUAUGGGUGCCAUGGGAGAUAGCUUUUAUGAAUACUUGUUGAAAGCUUGGAUACAGUCCGGUAAGCAGGACACCGAAGCAAGGGACAUGUACGACGCGGCCAUCGAAGCGGCGAUACAGCACAUGCUCCAAACAUCGAGGGGGGGCCUCGUGUACUUUUCAGAUUUGAAGUUCGACAGGGCCGAGCAUAAGAUGGACCAUCUGGCCUGUUUCUCAGGUGGCCUUUUGGCGCUAGGAGCUAAGGUCGAACAGAGUCCGAUGUCUCCUCGCCAUAUGGAUAUAGCGGCUGGUAUCACCAACACUUGUCAUGAGUCUUAUUCUCGUACUAACACCAAGCUUGGCCCUGAGAAUUUCAGAUUUACGGAUGCAGUAGAAGCGAAGGCAAUCCGGACGACGGAGAAGCAUUAUCUGCUCAGGCCAGAAGUCAUCGAGACCUAUUUCUAUAUGUGGCGCCUGACCAAGGACCCGAAAUAUAGAGAGUGGGGAUGGGAAGCGGUACAGGCUCUCGAAAAAUAUUGUAGAACACCGGGCGGCUAUUCCGGUUUAAAGAAUGUAUACCAAGAUGAUCCUUUGAAAGAUGACGUUCAACAGAGUUAUUUCCUCGCAGAAACAUUAAAGUACUUAUACCUGCUGUUCAGCGAUGACAGCCUCAUCUCCCUUGACGAGUGGGUGUACAAUACCGAAGCACAUCCACUCCCUAUCAAAGGUGUAAACCCGUAUUACAGAGAGCACGCCAACGCAGCAUAUUGAACUUAGACUUAACGACAAUGUGAUCCUACAGCCAUGUGAUAAUUCUUCUCCAAUAUACACUGGCCUUUUUAUCGUGUUUUUUUCUUCUGGUUUUUUUUCUUCUAUUGUUCAAUUAAUUGAUCUGUAAAUUUUAUUUUUCCAUUUAAGGCUCUAGUGUGAUAUUUUUGUUUAAAAAUAGUUAGCCUUAAAUGGUGUCUGUGUCUUGUAAAUAAGAUGUUAUAUUGGUCCAUAUUUCGUGACCUUAUAUUUGUACAUAAAAAAAAAAAAAAAGAAAAGAAAAGAAAAUCACAUAUAAUUAUUACGAUAAGAAUUUUUUUAUAUGUAUAUAUUUAAAUGCCAAAAGUCACCACGUAUAUUUAUAUUCAAUUGUGAGUAUAGGUCACAGUGUAUGGUGCAUCGGCGUCUGGAUUCAUGUUAACAAUUAUGUGAUUUUAAAUGUUUAGAUAAUUUCAUCGUGUGUGCAUCUAUGCACUUAUUCCAGGGAACAUGUUUAUGUGACUAUAUAUCUAGUGAAUUAUGUAAUAAUGUUAACAUUUUAGCUCAAUAUUGAAACAUAUAUAUAUAUAUUAAAAAAAAAAAUGAAUAGAAUAAAUUUAUCGAGGUUGUUCAUGAUUUCAAUCGUAAUCGGAAAAGGGAUGUAAUGUAAAUUAGUUAAUUAUGUUAAUUAAUGUCUAUUUCAUGAAUUAUAUCUUUCAGUUUUAUGAAGAAUUACUUAUGUCCUAAAGUCGUAUAAAGUUUAAUAAGCCUGUAGGCGUGUUCGUUUAUACUUAUAUGUGUCUAAUUAUUGUUUUUAUAUAUAUAUAUUUGUUUGUUUUUUUAUUGUAUCUUCAAUUUACUAGGGAUGAAAAGGGUCUGGAUUGUAUAAGUCUAUUAGUAAAAAUUAGUCACAGUUGAAAAAUGGUUCUUUACCUUUUUUUCUUCACUAAUGAGACUGUGGAUUUUUUUUUUAUUAUUAUUAUUUUUUUGAAUUAUCAAUUAGUUAUUUAAAACAUGAGAAAAAAAGAGAUUAUUGAUGGUUUGUAUUUUCAUGAUAAUUAUUGUACAUAGUAAGUUUUAAACAGUGUUUAUAUUAAGUUUAAACAUUUUAAUUAAUAUGGAAGAAAAGUUUCCGAUCUAUUAUUGAUGUACAUAUGCCAAAGUUAAUUAAAUAAAAAUUGUGUGUAUAUUAGGAAAAUUCGUAAGUAAAAAGGUCGGGAUGCCACUAAAUAGAGCCGUAAUUAAGGCCUACGUCAACCCUUUCCGAUAGUACCUCAUCUUUUUUAUAUUUAAUCUCCAUUAUUUUAUUGAGUUUGUUAAAUAUUUAAAAUGCAAAUCAAAAGGUAACAACUUAGAAAUUGUUAGAAACCUUAAUUAGAAAUAAAAAUUUUAUGGAAAAUCUAUGCUUAAUUAGAUAAUCACAAUAAAUAGCUUUAUUUUUAGACAAUUGAUAUUUACAGAAAUCUUUCCAAGAUUUUAAUUUGAAUUAAAAAUUAUAUACUGUCGAGUUCUGAUAAUAUGAACUUAGAUUAUACAAAAAUCUAAAACCAAAAUCAAUAUUCUUACUAUUAAAAAAAUAAUAAUAACAUUACCAUAAUGAUGUUAAGUAAUAUAAAGUUUACAUUUGAAAAAAUUAAGGAUAUUCAAACUUUUUUUUUCUAAUUGAAGUUUCUAGUAUAGUUUGAUCUAUGGAACUUCAAUAUACAUAGGUACAACUUUAAUUUGAAAAAAAUAAAGAAAUAAAAGAAAUGUCUAUUAUUGUUAAAAUGUUAACUACUAUCACGCAUUGCUAUCUUAGGAGUAAUUUAAGAAUAUUAUAUAAAUAUAACAUAAUAUAAAUUAGAUGUAAUUUUGGAAAGACUCAAUUAGUUCUUACCGAACAGAUUUUUUUAAAAGGAUCCCGACCUUAAAAAAAAUGUCCUCAAUAUGAACAAUUGUACUCAGAAAAAUGUUAAUCUUUGGAGUGAGAUUAUGUAGAUAGUUCAUAUUUAUUUGGAUGUAAAAAUUGUAUCAUAUUAAUAUAAUAUAUUAUUGACUAAAAAUUUGGUUUAACAAGAAAAAAAUAUGUGUAGUAGUGAAAUGCUUAUUCUGUCUUUAAUAGAGAUACCUUUAAUUUUAUAUAUAUAUUUUCUAACAUUUCUCUUUUAAAGAAAUCUUAUAAAUUUGUUAAAAUUUUUAUUCAUUGUUAUUAAUUCCUAAUUAUCUUAACUACCGAUGAUACCUUUUUUUUAUCCAUUUAAAUUUUUAUUGUUUAUAUAUUAUUUUUUAAUUGACCGUUAUGUUUUUUAACAGUUCUGUAUAUACUUUGAACUGUUUUAAUGUAAUAAAAGUUACAAAUAACUUGAUUAUCAUGAAUGCAGAACUGAGAUAAAGGGUAAUCAGUCAAAUAAAGAUUUAGUUUAUUUCUCAAAUAAAAAUAAAAAAAAAAAAAAAAAAAUGGUCAUAAAUAUGCUAAAUAUUUACAAGCACUACUCAUUCAGCCACCCCUGACACUAACAUAAUGUAAUUGGUAAUUCAAAUGCCAAUUGAAAUUUUUUAUUUUUUUUAUUUAUAAUUUUAUUGAAAUUUACAACUGUAUUACAUUAAAAAUACAACAGGUAAAUGUGAUAUUGGUAACAUGACAUGCAAAAUAUGAAGAGAAACUACCCAUUGGUAGAACUCAAAUUAAAGUUCUAUAUUAGAAGAUCCCGAGGCCAUCUUGUUUUCAGACGCCUCGGAGGGUUAUCAGGGAUAGAGGAGGAAGCAAUGUUUGAAACAAGAGGGUUCGGAUGGUUCUGCAGUUUGUUAUGGAAGGAUAGGUAUCUGGAUUGGGCCAAAUCGGAAACAUAUGGAACAUUAAGGUCUUUAUGGAUGAUUUUGUUUGUGACAAAGUAAGGAGCGUUGAGGAUUUUACGAAGGAUUUUGGAUUGUAAGGAUUGGAUACGAGAGGAAUUCGAUGGCUUAGUGGAGCCCCAGAGCUCAAUUCUGUAGGUCUUAUUAUUGUCAUAUAUAUGAGUCGUUUGUAAUUGAGUGAAAGCUUAGAGCGUUUGUCUAGUAAGUGUUGGAGUAGUCGGAAACAUCGAGCGGUUUCUUGUCGUUUCAGUCUUUUAUGAGGAUUCCAUGUGAGUCGUUUGUCGAGGUGGAGUCCUAGGUAACGAAUUUGUUCAACUGGGAUAAGUGGGGAAUUGUUUAAGAAUACUGUAGGACAGGAGGUCAUAGGUUUGCGACGCAGGGUAAAGGUAAUUUGAUGGGAUUUAUUGGAGUUUAUUUUAAUCCUCCAGUUUUGACACCAUUCUUCAAGAUUUGUGAUGUGUGAUUGGAGAGUUUGGGAU